AUGCUAAGGGUACAUCUCAGCCAGAGUGCUGGAAAUCGUCCCAUGCUUCGUUUGUUUGCUUUGACGUGCUCCGUGGCCUUUGCUGCAAACGAGAUUGAGGUAGUUUCCAACGACCAAGCCUUUGCUUUGGUAAACCAUGCCACGGGCAAAGGCGCUUGCUGGGGUGCUGCAUCGUUUGGCGGAAGCUGCCCGGACGUGGAUUUCAAUGGCGUAACAAAAGUCGUGGCAAACGAGUUUGUCUUUGUGGCUCUGAACGAGGCUGCCGGUACCGCACAGUGCUGGGGUAAGCUUGAACAGGGCGGAGAUUGCGCAAACGUGGACUUCACCGGUGUGUCUGAACUCUCCGCCACGGACUAUGCUUUCGCAGCCUUCGACCCGGCCAAUGGCAAAGCUGCUUGCUUUGGCAAUCCGCUUUACGGAGGAGAUUGCACCGCCGUCGACUUCACGCAUAUGGACAAGAUCUAUUCUGGCUUGCUGGCCUUCGUCGCCGUGAGCACCUCCCAGGGCAUCGGACAAUGUUGGGGCUUCGGUUUUUACGGCGGUGACUGCAGCACAGUGGACUUCACGGGCGUGACGGAGGUCAUUCCUGGAAACUAUGCCUUUGUAGCCUUCAACCGCAAUGCCGGCACCAUCCGAUGCUGGGGCUACUCCGUGUACGGUGGAGACUGCAGCUCCGUGAAUAUUGGUGCUCCCAUCACGGAUGUGGUCACCAACGGAGAUGCAUUCGUCGCGUACAACCGUGACACAGGUGUUGGCCAGUGCUGGGGCAAUUCCUUCGCUGGGGGCGACUGCAGCGGCAUCGACUUCAGCGGUGGGGACGUUCAGAUCUAUACUACUCCGAAUGCCUUCCUGGCCUUCUCAGCCUCACAGCAGCGUGGCCAAUGUUGGGGCCAAGCAGCUUCAGGUGGCGACUGUUCACAGGUCAGCUUCAGCGGCGUUACGCAGAUCUACUCAAACAGUGGCGCCUUCGUUGCCGUGGACACUGUCAACGGCGUGGGCGCCUGUUGGGGCUCAGAGCUGUACGGAGGUGUGUGCAACAACGGUGUCGUGAACUUUGAGGGCAUGAGCUCUUUUGCUUCCACCAGCGGGUCCUUCAUGGCCUGGAAUGCCGAAACUGGCGCUGGCUCCUGCUGGGGCUAUGAUGUCACGGGAGGCAUAUGUCCAAACGUCAACUUUGCAGGAGUGGACCGGGUCUUCUCCAAUUCUGCUGCUUUCGCAGCCCUGAGCACAUCUCAAGGCACCAUGCAAGUUUGGGGCAACAGCAACUCCGGAGGCGAUGCAUCAGCAGUUAACUUUGCAGAGAUCCUGGUGCUGCCUGCAACGAUGACUACCACCCACACCAGCACCGAGACAACUGUGACCGCCACCACCACGGUGACCACAGCGACUCAGACGACCACGGCAACGUCGGCAACCGUUACCAGCACUGAGACCACUGCCACAGUCACCACCACGGCGACAACAGUGACUCAGACGACUACGGCAACGUCGGCAACCGUUACCAGCACUGAGACCACUGCCACAGUCACCACCACGGUGACUACGGCGACUCAGACGACCACGGCAACGUCGGCAACCAUUACUAGCACCGAGACAACUGCAACCAGCACCGAGACCACAGCCACGCAGACCACUACUGUGACAUCUGUCACCAACACGGCUACCGUGACGUCAGCCACGGGAACAAGCACUGAAACAAGCGUCACUGUCAGCACCACAGAAACAGUUGUCACAGAGACAGAGACCGCCACCAGCACAAUGACCACGGUCACCACGACCAUCCUUGCAUCCACAUCCACAGGAGAGUGUCGGAGAUGGUGUGGCUGGAUGGUGGAGCGUUGGGCCAGCAAGGUGUGCAAGUGGAAGUCCUGCGAGGGCUGUAGCGGUUGCACCGCACAGCCAGAACCAGAAUUGAUUAGCUGCAGCUCCACUUGUUCCAAGUACAAGUGGGGAGCCCAGCGCUCUUCUUCUGCGUUCCUUUGUGUGCGCGAGAGGUCCAGGGGCAACUGGUGCUACCCACCCACGGGUUGGUUUGUGAAGACAUGCAGGCCCAACUACAGCCGCUGCAAGGUGGAA